AUGGAUCCUCGCUCCAAGUUUGUCACGCCGCAGCCCUCUGCUCCUACCUUUGCCGAGAUGUCUAAGCGCCGCACGGGUACCGCUGCUCCCGCCCUCUCCACGAAUUUUGUGCUUUCCAAAGACCGUCCGGAGUCGGCUACCUCCCCCAAAUCUCCUUGGAGACGCUUCUUUCACAGAUCGCUCAUUUGCCGUUCAUUUGAAAACCGUGACCGCUCAAACAAUGGCGCCGACCAUGGCAGCCUCAUAUCCGCCACCGCGAACUGCGAUCCUAGACCUCUGUCGCCUUCAGAGGGUGCCAAUACACGCGACAUCUCCCCCGCAUCGCUACGCCGACCAGUUGUCGAGAAGGCAGACACAUUCAUGCGUCCAGACUCACGUGGUAGCAUAUCCCCCUCAUCCCGCGCUCGCACACCACCCCUCGACGUACUGGAUCAGGUUGAUGAAGAAGAUGACGACAACUUUGUUGGAGCGUUGGAUGAUUUCUUGUCGUACGCCGUAGAAGAGCCUUUAUUCACAACCCGGCUCUCUCCACCACCGUUCAGAAGGGAUCCGGCUACGAGCUCUUCUGCUCAGACUGUGGUGCCAUCACCUCGUAGCCUCUCGAUAUCAUCCACACGGCACCAAGCACUUGCAAAAUUAUCGAUGCCGGAGAGCCCGAGUCGUUCAUCUCGGGAUACUUUGCACUCUGGAUGCCCUUCAUCCACUCUGUCAAGUGCUACGAACUCGCCCGCCUCUCCGACGCUUAAAGAUUUUCCCUUGUCAAGCGACAUUUCGUCGUUUGAUGGCGAGUCCCAGGAUGACGACGACAGUGAGCGGUUCUCAUGCCCUGGCCGUGAAGAUGUGCAUGUCGGCCAUGAAGCAGCACGCGCAAACAAGCAUGUCAAGGGUCCAUCGACGGCGUCUUUUUCGAGAUAUCGACUGCCGCAGCUGACGUUUUCAACGGAUAAGCUACCUCUUGCCGAGGAUAAAUUCUCGACAAGCCCUCGCUUCACAACCAUGACAUCGCCGCUGCUGCUACCUGGCUCCGGUCAGCCUGUGAGCAGCAACGGCGACUCCAACCUACUGGGCUCGAGCCUGGACACGGGUCUCGACGACUUUGCCCGCGAGCUUAGCUGGCUGACCGAUUCGAUCACGAGUCGGCGCUAG